UUCCCCAGUGCCAGCCCAAUAGACGGAUGAGUUAUUGUCAUGUAAAAAGCGCCAGCAAUAAGACCAACCGCUUUGCUAUUGUCCAAGUGGAAAGAGCCAAGUUUAUUAUGAGGACUAUAUGCUCUAGAGACCUCAGACAAGGCAUCUCAUAGGAGGCUUUUUCAUAAAACUAGGCUCUGCUGGUAGUAAGGAGGCCAGUUUGGAGGCAGGCGUUGAGCUGUGCACAUCUCCCCACUCCAGCCACCUUCUCCAUAUCCAUCUUUUAUUUCAUUUUUCCACUUGGCUGAGCCAUCCAGAACCUUUUCAAUGUAUAAAAUGGAAUAUUCUUACCUCAAUUCCUCUGCCUACGAGUCCUGUAUGGCCGGGAUGGACACCUCGAGCCUGGCGUCAGCCUAUGCAGACUUCAGUUCCUGCAGCCAGGCCAGUGGCUUCCAGUAUAACCCGAUAAGGACCACUUUUGGGGCCACGUCCGGCUGUCCGUCCCUCACUCCGGGAUCCUGCAGCCUCGGCACCCUCAGAGACCACCAGAGCAGUCCGUACGCCGCAGUUCCUUACAAACUCUUCACCGACCACGGCGGCCUCAACGAGAAACGCAAGCAGCGGCGCAUCCGUACCACUUUCACGAGCGCACAGCUCAAAGAGCUGGAGAGGGUCUUCGCCGAGACGCACUACCCAGACAUCUACACCCGGGAGGAGCUAGCGCUGAAGAUAGACCUCACCGAGGCGAGAGUCCAGGUGUGGUUCCAGAACCGUCGAGCCAAGUUUCGCAAGCAGGAGCGUGCAGCAGCGGCAGCAGCCGCGGCAGCCAAAAACGGCUCCUCCGGCAAGAAGUCUGACUCCUCCCGGGAUGAUGAGAGCAAAGAGGCAAAGAGCACCGACCCCGACAGCACUGGGGGCCCGGGACCCAACCCCAACCCGACCCCUAGUUGUGGGGCAAACGGCGGCGGCGGCGGAGGGCCCAGCCCGACCGGAGCUCCGGGGGCGGCGGGCCCGGGGGGCCCGGGAGGCGAACCCGGCAAGGGCGGUGCGGCUGCGGCGGCUGCUGCAGCGGCUGCGGCGGCAGCGGCGGCAGCGGCGGCGGCGGCAGGAGGCCUGGCUGCGGCUGGGGGCCCGGGGCAAGGCUGGGCUCCCGGUCCGGGCCCCAUCACCUCCAUCCCGGAUUCACUAGGGGGCCCUUUCGCCAGCGUCUUAUCUUCGCUCCAAAGACCCAACGGUGCCAAGGCCGCCUUAGUCAAGAGCAGUAUGUUCUGAUCUGCGAUCUGCGGCGGCGGCGGGCGAGCCCGGGUUCGGGCUGGCGAGUGGGCGAGUGGGUAGACCCAAGGCUAGAGUCGCUGCUGCCAGCGGCCUAAACUGAUCGCGAUUCGAAUAACGAGAAAAUGACGUCGCUCCCAUUUCAACCCCACUCCUAACCCUUUCCUCAACCUUCCUCCCCCAACAAAACAAAACAAAACAAA